UUGUUUUUUUCUUUCUUUCUUUCUUCCUUCCUUUUUCUUUUCUUUUUUUUUCUUUCUUUCUUUCUUCCUUCCUUUCUUUCUUUCCUUCCUUCUCAGGCUUUGUUUCAAGGAAGAAAACAAAGAAAUGAAGAACAUUUUCUCAUUUUAAUGCUGUGUUUUACAAGGGAAUUUUGUUUGUUUGUUUGUUUCUUUUCUUUCUUCCUUCCUUUUUCUUUCUUUCUUUUAUCUUUUUUCUUUCUUCCUUCCUUUCUUUUCUUUCCUUCCUUCUCUACUUUUGUUUCAAGGAAGAAAACAAAAGAAAUGAAGAACAUUUUUCAUUUUUUUAAUGCUGUGUUUUGCAACAUUGUUUGUUUGUUUGUUUCUUUCUUUCUUCCUUCCUUUUUUCUUUCUUUCUUUUUUCUUUCUUUCUUUCUUCCUUCCUUUCUUUCUUUCCUUCCUUCUCUACUUUGUUUCAAGGAAGAAAACAAAAGAAAUGAAGAACAUUUUCUCAUUUUAAUGCUGUGUUUUGCAACUUUGUUUGUUUGUUUGUUUGUUUCUUUCUUUCUUCCUUCCUUUUUUCUUUCUUUCUUUUUUCUUUCUUUCUUUCUUCCUUCCUUUCUUUCUUUCCUUCCUUCUCUACUUUGGUUCAAGGAAGAAAACAAAAAAAAUGAAGAACAUUUUCUCAUUUUAAUGCUGUAUUUUACAACAUUGUUUGUUUGUUUGUUUCUUUCUUUCUUUCUUCCUUCCUUUUUUCUUUCUUUCUUUUUUCUUUCUUUCUUUCUUCCUUCCUUUCUUUCUUUCCUUCCUUCUCUACUUUGUUUCAAGGAAGAAAACAAAAGAAAUGAAGAACAUUUUCUCAUUUUAAUGCUGUGUUUUGCAACUUUGUUUGUUUGUUUGUUUCUUUCUUUCUUUCUUCCUUCCUUUUUUCUUUCUUUCUUUUUUCUUUCUUUCUUUCUUCCUUCCUUUCUUUCUUUCCUUCCUUCUCUACUUUGUUUCACGGAAGAAAACAAAAGAAAUGAAGAACAUUUUCUCAUUUUAAUGCUGUAUUUUACAACAUUGUUUGUUUGUUUGUUUGUUUCUUUCUUUCUUCCUUCCUUUUUCUUUCUUUCUUUUUUCUUUCUUUCUUUCUUCUUUUUUGAUUUCCUUCCUUCUCUACUUUGGUUCAAGGAAGAAAACAAAAGAAAUGAAGAACAUUUUCUUAUUUUAAUGCUGUAUUGGAAUAACAUUGUUUGUUUGUUUGUUUCUUUCUUUCUUUCUUCCUUCCUUUCUUUCUUUCCUUCCUUGUCUACUUUUGUUUCACGGAAGAAAAGUAAAAAAAUGAAGAACAUUUUCUUAUUUUAA